AUGUAUAAAUUAUUACUUUGUAUUUUAUGUUCUUUAUUCUUGUUACAACUAUUCUCAGUAGUUCAAGUUCAAGGUGAAUGUUGUUUAGGUAUAGUUGACGGUAACUAUACUGAUGACUGUAACGGAGUCAUGGAACAUGACGAUUUCUGGAAGCAUUGGAAAUGUGCAGAUGCCGAAAUCGAUAUUUGGGGUAGUGGAGAAUGUGAUAUUUGUAUUGCUACUUGGACUGGAGGUGCACUCGCAGUAUUUGUCUGCUUACCACUUUUCGUUGGUAUUGCUAUCUUGAUUUGUAUCGUUUUAGCUUGUCGUCGUCGUCGUCAUCAUACUAGUCAUAAUUCCCAUAGUGUCCAUGGUGCUACUAUUGUUGCCAAUACAGCUCCAUACCAAACAUUACCAACUCAUGAUUUCGGUCAUCAUCACCAUCACCAUCACCAAAGCAGUCACCAUGGCGGCCACCACUAA